AAGAAGAAAGGGGCGGGGCUUGAGGUCAGAGGUCAGUGUUUGACAGAAGCUCUCAUGAUGGAUUCCAUAUUUCACGAGAAACAAGAGGGCUCCCUCUGCGCUCAGCACUGCCUCAACAACCUCCUGCAGGGUGAGUACUUCACCCCUGUGGACCUGUCCUCCAUUGCACAUCAGCUGGAUGAAGAGGAAAGGAUGAGGAUGGCAGAGGGAGGCAUGGCCAGUGAGGAGUACAGGACCUUUCUACAGCAACCAUCUGGGAACAUGGACGACAGCGGCUUCUUCUCAAUACAAGUAAUUAGCAAUGCUCUGCGAGUGUGGGGCUUGGAGCUGAUCCUCUUUAACAGUCGGGAGUACCAAAGCCUGAUGAUAAAUCCAAUAAAUGAAAAAGCCUUCAUCUGCAACUACAAAGAGCACUGGUUCACUAUACGCAAGCUGGGACAGCAGUGGUUUAACUUGAAUUCUCUACUGACGGGGCCAGAACUGAUAUCGGACACCUAUCUAGCUCUCUUUCUAGCGCAGUUACAACAAGAAGGUUAUUCUAUAUUUGUGAUCCGUGGAAACCUCCCUGACUGUGAAGCCGAGCAGAUUCUGGCCAUCAUGAGGGUUCAGCAGCAGCAGCGGCCGAGGCUCAUCGGAGAGGAGGAGGCUCAGACGAGCGCAGGCAGGUCAGCAGCUCUGGGUCAGACCGAGGUGGGCUUCGGGGUGGAGGACGAGGUCGUGGAUGAAGAUGAAGAGCUGAAGAAGGCGCUGGCACUCAGCAGACAGGACAUCGACGUGGAGGAUGAGGAGGCCGACCUCCGCCGGGCCAUCCAGCUCAGCAUGCAAGGAGCCGUGAUGAGCAAUAGAGCUUCAGAGUGUGAAGUGAGAAAUGUCCGGUCAGGGGGGCAGGCAGCCGGAGGACAAAGGGAGGGUCAGAACGAGACUCUGACAGCCGAGGAGCUGAGGAAGAGGAGACAAGCCUACUUCGACCGGCAGCAACAACAAGCUCAGCCAAACAUUCCUCAACACGACUCACAAUCAACAGGCGGCUCAGGACCAGGAAACCCCAGCUCGAAGGAGAACCAGCAGCAGCGGCCGAGCCAGUGAGGCGGCGAGAGGUUUCCUCCCGCUGUGACGCAGCGGUCUGGACCCACGGCUCCCGGACGGCGGCAGCUUCUGCUCCCUCUUCUAACCUUUUGCACAUGCGAGGACAGUCGGAAGGCGGACGCGUUUCCCCCGGUUAGUUCGCUGACGGGCUGCAGAGGAGAGAACGGCGAGGAAGAGACGGCGGCGCUCGGUGACGCUGUCAGGCUGGGAAAAGGGCGACCACAGCACGGAAGACGCAGUUAAUCCAAGUUUGCUAUUGCCUUUUUACCAUGGCGCCUUCGAUUUCUAUUGUAAACUCUUUUUCUAUUCUCUCUUUUUCUUUCUUUCUUUCUUUUUUUUUUUUUUGCUGGAAGGAAGUAACAUAGAAAAUUUGUGUGUUUACUUGUUUUUAGGGAACACACACACACACACACACACUCUGUUAUGGGUGUUCUACGAAAGCCAUAUGAGACCACACUGAAAGCUUUAUCGGUCACAGCCGCCUCCUGCCCCGGAUGGGUUUGUGGACCGUGGUGUAAACCCAGACGCCCGCUCUUCCAGAACGCCGCCCCGCUCCCCGACCCAUCCUCCUCCCAGCAGCACUCGCGCUCCUGGGCUAUUUAUUGCUGGCAGAUUAUUAGCGUUAGUGGUUUUUACUUGAAUCUUCUCAAGCGAAGGCUUCCUGUGUUCAAGCGUGUGACCGAGCUCCGCUUCGUUAGGCAUUAAGACAUAUCGCGUUAGAACGGCUCGCAUCCAAAUCCCGCCGCCACACGCCGACGUUAGGGCGCCGCUUCCUCAUGCAGAUUUCCGUCGCUCAUCCACAAGACAUUGUCAGGUAGCAGGGAACAAUUUCUAAACGGCUCAUCAUCCGUGCAACGUUAACUAUUCCAACCCGAUCUGAAACACUCAACCAGUCGGCCCACUAUUGAUUUCUUAUUCAGUAUUUGUCACAGAACAAACAGGAGUGGUUUAAAAUGGUUAUUGAAAUGAGUGAGAAUCCCCCCUUCCAGUUGAACUGCACCUCUGAUGAAGAUCAGAGCCGCCGUGUGACGUUCUGUUGAUCUGCUCUGAGAUCGCUGAAGUCAUGCCAGUCAUCUGAUGAUUGGUGACUUCCAAACAGAUUAAAGAGAAAAAUGAGAAUGAACUGAUAUUUUUUUAGAACUGAAAGUCACCACGAAAGAGUUUAAUGUAAAUAAAGUUUGACUCCUGAACAGCAGCUGUUUCGUGUUGAUCCAGAUCAACGCACUCAGUUUGUUUACAGUUUUUUCUGCGUAGAUUUAACUUGACCUCCACAAACAUCGUUAAACGUCAGUUUGAUUCGUUCUGCAGGAUGAACUGUUGUUUUUUGUUUUUUAUCUUAAAUGCACUUGUAAAUGAGUUUGAAAUGUUGGUAGUUUUUUUUUAUCAUCACAUACUUUACAUCGACUGCAUUCUUACAAUAAAUACUAAUUCAUCUUUUUUUUUUCCAUGUUAGCACAACACACCUUUUUAAUAUAUUGAUUUGUGUUUCAGGAUUAAAGUGAAUUCA